UCUCGAGGUUCUGUCCUGUGGGUUCUGUUUAUGAUUCAAACUACAUGUGGGUUUUUGUUUUUUUCAGCUCCAGCAAGAGCCAGUGAACACUUUUUCAAGUUUUGAUGCGAAAAGGAAAAAGAAUCGGCACUCAACUGACUGUGUUAACAGGAAGAUCUGCAACGAAAUGCUCCCUCUUCUUGGCUAAAACUUCAGUUUAAAAGAUGGCAUUUCCACUGCCACGACCCCUGCCUCCUCAGCUUCCACAGCACUUGCACCGAACUAUAGAUUGUCAACAGGGAGCCGUCAGAGCUGUGCGUUUCAAUGCCGAUGGGAACUAUCUGUUGACGUGUGGCAGCGACAAGUCGUUGAAGCUUUGGAGUGUCUCUAGGGGAACCUUACUUAAGGCCUACAGUGGCCAUGGUUACGAGGUGCUGGAUGCAGAUGGAUCUUACGACAACAGCCAGCUCUGUUCCUGCAGCUCAGACAAGACUGUGAUCCUGUGGGACGUGGCGUCGGGACAAGUAACCCGCAAACUGAGAGGCCACGCCGGAAAAGUCAACUGUGUGCGGUUCAACGAGGAGGCUUCGGUGAUCCUGUCAGGUUCCAUCGACGGGACCGUACGAUGUUGGGACACCCGCUCACGGAGGUUCGAGCCCAUUCAGAUUUUCGACGACGCCCGGGAUGGAAUCAGCAGCCUCGUUGUGUGCGAGCACGAAAUCCUAACUGGCUCUGUGGAUGGGAGAGUGAGGCAUUAUGACCUGCGUAUGGGACAGCUCGAUGUAGACUUCAUCAACAGCCCCAUCACCUGCGUGUGCUUCAGUCAGGAUGGUCAGUGCACGCUCUCCUCCAGCCUGGACUCCACGGUGCGCCUGCUGGACAAGAACACCGGCGAGAUGCUGGGAGAGUACUCGGGUCACCAGAACAAGAGCUACAAGAUGGACUGCUGCCUCUCCAGCAAGGACACGCACGUGCUCAGCUGCUCAGAGGACGGCCACGUGUACUACUGGGACCUAGUGGAGGGAUCAAUCGCGCUGAAGCUGCCCGUAGGCAAAGGGGUCGUCCAAUCACUUUCGUUUCACCCGACGGAGCCCUACCUCCUCACCGCAACAGAGGGGCGUGUUCAGGUGUGGGGGGCAGAACCAGAGGAGGAAAACGAAGAGGGCAAGGAGCCUCAAGCAUAAUGGACGAUAUGACAUUCAGUUUGGGGGAAAAAUUGGAUAUACUUGAUGGUGAACAGUGGCCUACCUGAAUAGUUUGUUUACAUACUUUUGUUUUUUAAAGCAACGAAUAAAG